AUGAUCGGCAUCUCACCCCUUGCAGGUGUUUAUUACUGGACAAAAUCUAGUCGCACGGAGCAGAUGCAGGUUAAGAUGGUGACUUCUGACGAUGAAAAGCGAUUAAAAGGAAUGGCCACGGAAGCCUCGAGCGCGGCAGUGGCGCUUCCGGAUAAGAUGGAUUCCAGCAAGCUUGUCGCAGAAACAGUCGAUGGCGUGGCCGGGGAAAUCCCUGUUAUCGCGUACACGGAGAAGGUCUUGGCAGAGAAAGAAGCGACAUUAAGAAAGAUCAUCCAGGACAACUACGCAAAGAUCCAGGCGGUGGAGAAGGAGCUGGAGGCGCUGCACCUGGAGGUGAAGCUCACGUCGGGGUCGAAGAAGGCGGGCAUGGAGCUGCUAAGGCAGAAGAUCGAGCAGAGCACGGAGAAGGCCAGGCUGCUGCGCAAGAAGGAGGAGCAGGCCAAGAAGGUAUGGGAGGCAGCAGCGAAGCUGGUGGAGGAAGAGGAACAGAAGAAGCAGCAGCUGUGUGAUGACCUCAGAAUGAUGGUGCAGCAGAACGCGCUGCAGCAGUACGAGCGGCUGGAGGCGCUGACUCACAAGCUGGACGCCCUCAACCCCGAGAUGAGGGGCCCCGCUCUGGAGGCCAUUCAGGGCCUGCGCGCCAAGAUCGCCCCCCACGGCGUCCUCCCCGUCUAUGUGAGUCGCUCUGCCCUCCUCCUCCCUUCCUUCCCCCACCAGCUUGCUCUCUACCCUUCCAUCUCAGCCCAAGGCAGGGAAGCACCUGCGUCUGCCCAGGGCACGUGCGCCCCAUCAGCUGCCCCUGCGGACGCCGCCAACAGCACGGCACCCGCGUCAAUAGCUGAUGCUCCCGCCACCACCCCCAAAGCCCAGGGGGCAGAGGGGGAUGCGCAGAGCCAAGGGCAGGAAGGUAGCUCUGGCGCCGCAGCAGCAGCAGCAGCAAAUGGCGGUAAAGGAGCGGAUGGGGGAGGAGCGCCAGCAGCGCGGCUGUCCAUAAGCCGUGGGAGAGGCAGGGGGCGGGGGAGGGGCUUGAUUGCCAAGGGGGGAAACAAGGCGGGAGGGGAUGGGCAGUGGACGGGUGCAGGGUUUGAUGUUGAGGAUGAGAGCAUUGCGUGA